GCACGACAGGCGCUGCGGGGGCCUCAGGACGCCGCCGGACAGCGGACCGAGAGCCUGCUCAGCAUCCGACAAAGCUCCACUCUGCCAAUCAUGCAAGCCUUCGGACUGAUGUUGGCGCCGGUGCUGAUCUGCCUGCUGUCUCUCGGAGGCGCCGAGGGCAGCUGCCCGACCGAGCUCGGCCUGGACUGGAAGGAGAACGACGGCUUCUGCUACUGGUACUCGCCGUUCAAAACGUCGUGGACGCAGGCGUCGCCCGCCUGCGGCGUCAUCCACCCGAACGCCUCACUGGCGUCCGUGCACAACCUGCUGGAGAACGCCUGGAUCAUGGAGACCUUCCAGCAAAUGGACAUGUGGCUGGGCCUGAACGACGUGGCUGAGGAGGGCCAGUUCGUCUGGACCGACGGCUCGCCGGUCGACUUCACUUACUGGGCGGCCGAACAGCCUGACAACUACCACGACCAGGACUGCGCGCACAUGCCGGACGAGGUGGAGCCGGCCACUGGCCAAUGGGACGACGAGUUGUGCUCGGAAGAGCGCAACUUCCUCUGCAAGGUGGCCGCCACGCCCUGAGCGGGGCGCUAGCAUGCCUCCGGGCACAUGUAGGCUGCGGCCGCUUCCGCGCCAGGAUCAUCACAUUCUGAGACAUUAUUAUGGAGAAGAUGCACAGCGAUAGUUAACAUCCACUGAUUCGUUAGGCUGGUUUGUUCCUAAUUCAUUGAACAUGUUAGUCACACAAUAAAUAUGCUGAUGUUGAAACCGCUGCGAGCGAUACACUGACAUCUCGUGAAACGUCUUAAUAAGACUGUGCCAACGAUAUAACGAAAACUGAAGAAAUUAUAAUGGGAACAGCCCUUGUAUUUAACUGAAGUCAACCAAAAUAAUGAUGUACAGCUAACCUUUUGUAUACGUUUGUUUGAAAAGCCUGCACUUAGAAUGAGACAUUUGGUACAAUGAGAUGAAUAAAAACAUUCUUAUGUACUCGGUGAGAUA